AUGAACGCCGCUACUACGUUUCGGGCUCUUGUUUUGAAGAGGCUUGAUAUUGCUGCUUCUGAAAAGAAGUACUCUAAGAAGAUUGAUGUGUUGUUGGCUUGCGCUCCGGUGAAACAGUUUCAAGCAGGUUUGAAAAACACUGUAUUUCCUUCUGCUGAAGAAAUCUCAUCCAAAUCAUGGCCUCAGUUGGUGGAGAGUUUUCCCUUUGUCCAACAAGUUGCAUCGGUCUUGGAGAAACGGAACGUCCUUGUUGAAUUUGUAAAAGGAUUGGUACGAGGACAACAUCCUGAUGAGGAGGGAUUUGCUAAAGAGUUUCUCGAUAAAUCGCCAGAUAUCCAAACUUGCCACGAUCUAUUGAGAAGCAACAAGUUGGAAGAAGAGCUCAAGAACAUCAUGUUCAAAGCCAUAUUGAAUGAUACGCCUGUAAAGAUGUUUCUUGAUGAUCUCUUUUCUGAAUUCAAAGAAGAAAUUAUCAAGGAAAACCUUUCAUCUGCUUCCGUUAUUGAGGCUGGGCUUAAGAAAAAAGGGAUGCAAACAACACCAUUAGUCAUUUCGCUUGCUUUAAGCGUAGGUGCGGAUGGGUUAAAGAGGCUCUAUGAGAAGAGCAAGCACUUUAAGUUUUGGCAGACAAUGUUGGACGAGAACUCUCAUCUAAACCAAUGUUGCGCUAUUUCGAGAUUUAGAUCAGAAGCUGACAACAUUGAAGUUGCACAAACACUACUCCAAGCUACUCGUGAGGCAGUGGCUGAAGAGUAUAACGAACUUGUGUCCAAACGUUAUCAAUCAACGCUUCUUAAAAAGGAGGCCCAACCAAUUCCAUCCUCAACAAAAAAAAAAUCGAUGACCAAAACACCCACUCCACAAUCAUCCAACAACAAGAUUGUAACAACUAUAGCUUCAUCGUCCAACAACGUGGUAACAGCUACAUCGCCAUCCUCUCAACAAUCAUCCAAAAACAAGGUUGUAACCACUAGUGCUUCAUCAUCCAACAACUUGGAAACAAAUACAUCGCCAUCCUCUCAGCUGCCAUCCAACGUAGAAGCAUUGGCCGUUUCUCAAGAAAAUAUGGCUGAUGAAAAAAUGUCGGUAGAUCAAAUAUACAACGCCUUAAUCAACAACGAUCAUAAGGCAAUGGCUUCGUUCUAUUUUUCUCUUUCCGACUUGCCUCAACAAAUUCGUGGCUUAAAUGAAACACUGACAAAAAUGGAUGCGAGAAUCACAAGCUUGGAUGCGAGAAUCACAAGCUUGGAUAUGAGAAUGACAAACUUUGAAAAGAGAAUGGAGAAGGAGAUGAAAGAGAUCCGUCAAGUGAAACUUCAAUUCCAAAAAGAUGACGAAUUUAUAACUCACAAUCCAGUUGUAUUGAAGGAAUCUGAGAAUCAAGCAGCAUUUGCUAUUGCUCGAGCCAAUCAAGUUUAUUCAUCGUAUCUUAUGACUCUACAUUUGAAUAACAAAAUUAGCGACGAGAACGCCAGAAAACUGAAUUUAGAAACAAAAGAAAUUGAAAUUAAUUUCAUCAAGAAGCACAAAGUAACGGGAGCUGUAGAAAUUUUCGAAGCUACUAUUUCCACAUUUAGUAGCGAUGAGAAAUUGUUGACGAAAAUGAUACAAUUAGAACGUCAAAUUAUGUUUUACAAGGAAUGUUUCAAAAACACCAUCAUCAGUAGAGUUGGAUUAGUCUCACCUAGCAACUUGACCCUCCAAAGAGUGAAGCAGGUUAUUGAAACCCAUAACGGCCUCUUUAUCAACAUUCAAUCUUUCGUCAACAACAACACUUUUGACAUUAUUAGGGAAGGACACAAGCCUGAAAUUGAUUAA